GGCGGAGGAGGAGUCUGCUUGAGCCGAGGAGUAGGGGAAGAUGACGGAGUCCGGAGUUCCCCUCUGCGGCGCCUGCGGUGAGCCCGUGGGCUUCUCGUCCUCGGCCAAGGAGGAGGAGGAGGAGGUCUUUGUGGCUUGCAAUAAUUGCAACUACCCCCUCUGCGCCGCCUGCCUCGAGGACGAGAUCAGGAAGGGGCGUGAUAGCUGCCUUCACUGUGGGGAGCCCUACGUUCGCAACGUGACGGAAAAGGUGAGUCAGGAGAGCACCGAUCACGGGGAUUCGGGUGUCAGAUUGAGAACUGCAGCCUAUCUCCAUGAUCAUCAGGAAAAUGGAGGCCAUGUUAGAAGCUUGAGUAGUCUCUCCAUUGUUGAAAGUGAGACAAAUGGUGAAUCUGGGAAUCCAUUAUGGAAGAACAGAGUGGACAGUUGGAUGGAGAAAAAGAAGAAGAAGAAAGCUCCAAAGAAGUCUGAGAAAGCUCAAAUUCCAGUAGAACAGCAGAUGGAAAAUUCAGAACCUCUAGAAGCUGGACAGCCACUUUCAAGAAUCAUUCCGAUAUCACCUAAUAAGCUGACUCCAUAUAGAGCUGUGAUCAUUAUGAGAUUGAUAGUUCUUGGGCUUUUCUUCAAUUAUAGGAUAACCAAUCCCGUUAAUAGCGCUUAUGGUCUGUGGCUAACAUCAGUUAUAUGCGAGAUAUGGUUUGCGGUCUCUUGGGUAUUGGAUCAAUUUCCCAAGUGGUCGCCUAUCAAUAGAGAGACAUACAUCAACAGGCUAUCUGCAAGAUAUGAAAGGGAAGGUGAAGACUCUCAGCUGGCUGCUGUAGACUUUUUUGUCAGUACUGUUGAUCCACUAAAAGAACCACCAUUGAUUACUGGCAACACUGUGCUUUCAAUUCUCUCUGUAGACUAUCCUGUUGAUAAAGUUUCUUGCUAUGUAUCUGAUGAUGGAUCAGCCAUGCUCACUUUCGAAUCUCUGGCUGAAACUGCGGAGUUUGCUAGAAAGUGGGUCCCAUUCUGUAAGAAGCAUUCAAUCGAACCACGAGCACCUGAGUUCUAUUUUUCUCAGAGGAUUGAUUAUUUGAAAGAUAAAAUACAGCCAUCUUUUGUCAAGGAGCGGAGAGCAAUGAAGAGAGACUAUGAAGAGUAUAAAGUGAGGAUAAAUGCUUUAGUUGCCAAGGCUCAAAAAACACCUGAAGAAGGCUGGAUCAUGCAAGAUGGAACACCAUGGCCAGGAAACAAUCCACGUGACCACCCCGGCAUGAUUCAGGUUUUCCUUGGACGUAGUGGUGCUCAUGACAUAGAAGGAAAUGAACUUCCUCGGCUAGUUUAUGUUUCAAGAGAGAAGAGACCUGGAUAUCAGCAUCAUAAAAAAGCUGGGGCUAUGAAUGCUCUGGUUCGGGUCUCUGCAAUCCUUACAAAUGCUCCCUAUAUUCUUAAUCUUGAUUGUGAUCACUAUGUCAACAACAGCAAAGCAGUCCGUGAAGCAAUGUGUUUCAUGAUGGAUCCACAAGUUUGUAGAGAUGUUUGUUAUAUUCAAUUCCCUCAGAGAUUUGAUGGUAUAGAUCGGAGUGAUCGAUAUGCAAAUAGAAAUAUUGUCUUCUUUGAUGUAAACAUGAAAGGGCUUGAUGGAAUCCAAGGACCAGUUUAUGUGGGAACUGGUUGUGUUUUCAAUAGGCAAGCACUAUAUGGGUACGGGCCACUAUCUUUGCCAGUUUUACCCAAGUCUUCAUUUUGUUCUUCAUGCUGCUGUUGUUGCCGUCGUUCCAAGAAAGCUUCAGAGAAUCAGAAUGAUAUUUAUCGAGACGCUAGGCGUGAAGACCUCAAUUCUGCCAUAUUUAACCUAAGAGAAAUCGAGAAUUACGAUGAAUAUGAAAGGUCCUUGUUGAUCUCCCAAAUGAGCUUUGAGAAGACCUUUGGGCAGUCUUCAGUUUUCAUUGAAUCCACGCUAAUGGAGAAUGGAGGGGUGCCCGAAUCUGCAAAUCCGUCGACUUUGAUCCAAGAAGCAAUUCAUGUCAUUAGCUGCGGAUACGAGGAGAAAACAGAAUGGGGAAAGGAGAUUGGGUGGAUAUAUGGAUCCGUCACAGAAGAUAUUCUAACAGGGUUCAAGAUGCACUGCCGUGGCUGGAGGUCAAUCUAUUGCAUGCCUACAAGGCCCGCUUUCAAAGGAUCUGCCCCUAUCAACCUCUCCGAUCGUUUGCAUCAGGUUCUUCGUUGGGCUCUCGGCUCCGUCGAGAUCUUCCUUAGCCGGCAUUGCCCCCUUUGGUACGGAUACGGAGGUGGCCGUCUUAAAUGGCUUCAAAGAUUGGCUUAUAUAAACACCAUUAUCUAUCCAUUUACAUCGCUUCCACUCAUCGCUUACUGCUCUUUACCGGCCAUCUGUCUGCUUACCGGAAAGUUCAUCAUUCCUACGCUUUCCAACAUUGCAAGUGUGUGGUUUCUUGGUCUAUUCAUCUCCAUCAUCCUGACCAGCGUUCUCGAGCUGCGGUGGAGUGGUGUGGGCAUCGAGGACUGGUGGCGAAACGAGCAGUUCUGGGUGAUCGGAGGCGUCUCGGCACAUCUCUUUGCUGUUUUCCAAGGAUUUCUAAAGAUGCUGGCGGGCAUCGACACCAACUUCACCGUGACCGCCAAAGCCACCGACGAUGCCGACUUCGGGGAGCUCUACGUGUUCAAGUGGACGACUGUGUUGAUACCUCCGACCACGAUCCUAGUCGUCAACUUUGUCGGCGUAGUUGCUGGGUUUUCGGACGCACUCAACAGCGGGUACGAAGCUUGGGGCCCGCUCUUUGGGAAAGUGUUCUUUGCGCUGUGGGUGAUACUCCAUCUGUAUCCCUUCCUCAAAGGUCUCAUGGGAAGGCAGAACCGGACACCGACCAUCGUGGUGCUGUGGUCAGUGCUACUGGCUUCCGUUUUCUCACUUUUGUGGGUCAAGAUCGAUCCGUUUAUAAACGACACGGAUGGCACCAAGUCCGCAACCUGCACUUCCAUCGACUGCUAGUCUUCGCCACCUGCAACCUCACAAAAAAACAUGCCUCUUCUCGAACACAUACACUAUCGAGGAUGAGGUAUAAAGAAGAAGACUUAUGGAGACUGCCUCCUCUUCUUGAAUUCUAUUGUGUUACGGUGUAUAAAUUUUGUUUUGUUUGUUCAGAAUCUACCUACUUUGGAUUCGUAUCAUUAUGCGUAAGGAUCAAGGUUUGAGAAUGUCAUUUCAAAACCAAAAGGAAAUUUUAGUUUAAUGUCGAACAGAGGACUUGAUGAUUAAA